AUGUUCAUAGCCUUCAGAUUCGAUGUUGUCGAAGCCUUAUCCCGAAGAAGCCGGGGUGCGCGGAAGUCUACACCAGCAGACCCUGCUGGGCCAUCAGAGAUCACGGAUAUCAAUUCUACUCGACCAGUCGUUGCGAGUCCUCAAACGACACAAUUCGGCGCAGUCAUACCAAUAACCAGCACUCCGGAGAGGCUCUCGGAGGUCGCCAUCAACCAGCAACUAGUCGACAAUGUGCUGGUUGACUUUUUCCAGCAUGGCAUUGGCUCGCAGUCCUGGUCGCGGUUUGACAGGCUCACCGAAGCACGUAUGUGCUAUGUUGGCACAUCAAUAUCCAACAUAGCCAGUCUGGUCACUCAGGAGCGUUCUGGCGACAACAGUAGUCUACAUUACCCAACUCCACAGGUCCAUCGUAUUGUGCCUUGGAAACCAGAUUCUAGGUCGUAUGCCUUGCAGAUGCGGCAGAAUUUGGAGUCGGAGCUAAGUUCACUUCCUGCAAAAGACGUCAGGGACGCCCUGAUAGAAUCUUUCUUCCACGAAAUCCAUCCAGGAUUCCCAAUUGUUGACGAAAGCGAGUUCAGAGCAAGCUAUGCAGACCCAAACAAUCCUCCACCACUACUUCUAUUCCAAGCCAUUUUAUCAGCAGGUGCGCAUGUGUGCCAACACCCUACAGUUGCUGAGUCUAGAUCUCUCAUCAGAACAGCCUUAUUUCAUCGCGCCAAAACGCUAUGGGAUUUGCGUUUUGAGAACGACCGGUUGACUCUAGUACAAACUGCCUUGAUAUUUUCAUGGUACAUUGAGAAUGCUGACACGGUCAGCGCGAACAGCUAUUAUUGGAUUUCCGUUGCCUGUGGAAUUGGCUUCGGGCUAGGUUUACAUCGAAACCUGACGAACUCAUCGUCGAGUGUACUGCCGCAAGCCGCGAAAAACUUGUUCCGCAGAGUCUGGUGGACGCUUUUUCAAGCCGCAGUGGCAUCAUCACUUGAUCAGGGUCGACCGCUAUUGGCUCGUCCUGACGAGUCUGAUCAACCUCCGCUGACAGAGGACGAUCUUGUCGAGACCGAUGGCACCCGGAACGUGAAGAUUCGACUACAAUACUGCAUACGAAAUAGUACUCUUUGCGAAAUAAUUGCUGACAUCUUGACGCUGUUCUCCCCUGGCUCACUGCGAAAGAGUGGGGGUUUCGUGGACACAAGCAUUAUUGACGCUCGACUUGCAGCCUGGGUCAUGGCGCUGCCACCCGGCGAAGACUAUUACGAUCGCACACUGCGUCUCAAUUACAACACUGCUCUUCUACACUUACACCGGACUGUCAUGCAGCCCGCCGAGUCUAGCCUGUCGGCCGUUUCACAAAAGCUUUGCAGCUCUAGCGCAGAGAGCAUUAUCAGCAUAUUGAGUGGCAUGAUCGCCGACGGCACUAUCAAAAGAUGCUACUUCACCGCCCUGACCGCACUCAUGGCGGCGGCCAUACAUUUUGUGCGUGAGAUGCGCCUCUCCAUCGCCCAAACCAGUACACUGGUGGCACUGCAAGCACAGGCACAACUCGAUGCAUGUCUUCCCAUCCUGAGAGAACUGGCCCCGUACUGGCCGAACGCUAGCUCAGUUGAAAAGCUGUGUCACUACCUCCGGGAGCGGAUGAAAUCAAUGAUGGGAGCUAAUUUAGACACGAGAGCCUCUGGGGAUCAAGGGGUUGAUUUUUCAGACAACAGUUUCAUUGCGGACGAUUGGGACCAUAUUCUAGCUACCCUUCAUGCCUCUGGUCCAGAGCCCGAUUGGGUGAAUUUGCAAUCCAGCAUGGGAUUCUAG